UAUAAGAACAUAUUGCACAAUCCGAACUAUAUUUCUCAACAUAAUGAAGAUGAAGAGUGCGGAGAGAGGUGGAGAAUUGGUGUGGGUAGAAGAAGAGAAGUGUGGAAGAGAGAGAUAUAAGACCGAUGUUGGAAGAGGAAGAUGAAUAAGGGAGAAGUCAGUAAGACUCUUGCAAGAAGAAGAUGAGUGCGGGACAGAGAAGGGUGCGAGUGAAGGAAGAAGACGAAGUAAAGAAGAUAAGAACAAAUAUAUCAUUUUACAACUUUAUGGGCUGCAGGUUGAAAUAUAAUAGAGGUACAAAAGGAACUGCCAAAAAGUGACUCAUGGAUGUUAAAAGCCCUUAAAAAUAAAUUGGGCCUAAGACCUAACCCAAAUUAUACUUUAUGUUGUUGAAUACGGAGAAACGGGUGAAAAAUUUGAAUUUAGCAAGUGCGUAGAUAAAUCAAUGAAUGAGGAUCCGUAGCCUGCUGGCUCCGACCCUUCAAUUUCAAACACAGUCCGCCGUAACCGGCAACCUCAGGCAGCGGCUCUCCCGCCCCGGCGUCGACUUCUCCGCCUAUGGCUCCGCCAUUCAGUACUGCUCUGACCACCGCCUCCUCCGCCAGGGGAGGCAGCUCCAUGCUCGCCUCAUCCUUCUCUCCGUCAAACCCGAUAACUUCCUCGCGUCGAAACUCAUCCUCUUAUACUCCAAGUGCGACCACGCGCGCGAAGCGCGCAAGGUGUUCGACGCGACUCCCCGCAGAAACACCUUCACAUGGAACGCCAUGCUCCUUGGCUACUCCUUCAACGCAAUGUUCCGCGACGCGCUUAAUCUAUUUGUAUCGCUCACCUCCUCCUCAAACGCCAACUCCUCCCCCGAUAAGUUCACCAUAUCCUGCAUUUUGAAGACGAUUCCGUCGUCGUUUUGUAGCCCCAAAUUGGCGAAAGAGGUUCACUGUUUCGUUCUUCGUCGCUGGUUUGACUCGGAUAUUUUUAUUCUCAACGCGUUGAUAACGUGUUACUGCAGGUGCGACGAGGUUUGUCUUGCGCGGAAGGUGUUCGACGGAAUGUCCAACAGAGACACCGUGACGUGGAACGCGAUGAUUGGUGGGUAUUCUCAGAGGAGGUACUACGACGAGUGUAAGAGGUUGUACAUGGAGAUGUUGACUUCUUCUGGAGUCGCACCCAAUGUGGUUACGGCGAUGAGCAUGAUGCAGGCAUGUGGACAGUCCAUGGAUCUUGCGUUUGGAAUUGAGGUACACCGUUUCUUGGAGGAGAAUGGAAUUGAGAUGGAUAUUUCGCUUUCCAAUGCUGUGGUCGCUAUGUAUGCUAAGUGUGGUCAUUUGGAGUAUGCGCGGAAGUUGUUUGAAGAAAUGCGGGAGAAGGAUGAGGUUACUUAUGGGGCAAUUAUUUCAGGGUACAUGGAUUACGGGUUUGUGGAAGAAGCCAUGAAUAUUUUUCGACGCGUGGAGAACCCUGGAUUGAAUAUGUCGAAUGCUGUGAUUUCUGGUAUGGUUCAGAAUGAAGAGUUUGAAGGGUUAUUUGAUUUGUUACGGGAUAUGCAGGGUUCUGGUUUGUGUCCCAAUGCUGUCACACUUGCUAGUGUUCUUCCUUCUUUUUCGUAUUUCUCAAACCUGCGAGGAGGGAAAGAGGUUCAUGGUUAUGCUAUAAGGAGAGGUUAUGAGCAAAAUGUAUAUGUGGCAACCUCCAUUAUUGAUGCUUAUGCGAAGCUCGGGUAUAUUCAUGGGGCAAAAAGGGUUUUUGAUCUUUCCCCGAAUAGGAGCUUGGUUAUUUGGACAUCGAUUAUAUCUGCUUACGCUGCUCAUGGUGAUGCUAGUUUGGCACUUGGUCUGUAUACUCAGAUGCUAGAUAAAGGAAUUCAACCUGAUCCGGUGACGUUAACUUCUGUAUUGACAGCUUGUGCUCAUUCCGGAUUGGUCGAUGAAGCUUGGGAUAUCUUUAAUUCGAUGCCUUCACAGUGUGGCUUUCAACCCUUGGUAGAGCACUAUGCGUGCAUGGUGGGUGUUCUUAGUCGAGCUGGAAAACUCUCAGAAGCAAAACUGUUCAUUUCUGAAAUGCCAAUUAAACCAAGUGCUAAAGUUUGGGGUGCUCUGCUGCAUGGGGCUUCGGUUUAUGGUGACGUUGAAAUGGGAAAGUUUGCUUGUGAUCAUUUGUUUGAGAUCGAGCCUGAAAAUACUGGGAAUUACAUGAUUAUGGCCAAUUUAUUAUCAAAUGCUGGGAAAUGGGAACAAGCUAGGGAGGUUAGGGAAAGAAUGAAAGAAAUUGGGUUACAGAAGGUCCGUGGAAGUAGCUGGAUUGAAACGAGUGGAGGGUUACUGAGUUUCAUUGCCAAGGAUGUGUCCAUUGGUAGAUCUGAUGAAAUUUAGGCGUUGCUGGAAGGGUUGCUUGGUUUGAUGAGGGAAGAAGGAUAUGUUUUACAGGAAGAGUUAGACUACGAGAAUUUUAAGUUAAUAACUGGAUGAGGUAACUUAUACUGAAAUAUGGUCAUUCACCUCUAGUAUAGCCAGAGAAAAAGAGGUCACUCAACUUCUGAGAUGCUGAAACUAGAUAACACAUUUAUCAAAAUACUCAGCCAAAAUAUGAUGCUUUACUGGGUGCACUAGGUUAGGUAGGUUGUCACUUGUGACACAAUUCUGCGAUUAAGCUAAAAAGUUAUAUUCUGGCUGGCAGCAAUAACUUUUGUCCUAGUUCCAGACAUUAUGUUUAUGGGCAAAGGAGCUUCCUUGUCGUAAAAUACUUUGUUUAGGCUAAAGGAAACACAUUACUGAAAUGGGUCUUGGGAAAAAUUGAGCUGGCACCAAGGUGAAGAAGGUGAAGGUGAGAAGCAAAAGGGAAGGUAAAAAGGGGAGUGUAUUGUGAUAUGAUGAUAUCAUAUAUUGAUUUAAUUGUAAAAGAAACCCACACUGUGGUCAUGUUAUGCGACUAAGAAUCCCAAAUUUCAGGACGAAUUUCUUUUUUUUCUCAUUAAAAUGUAUGAUAUUUAAGUAGACACGGAGAUGGGGACCUAAUAUUUUGUGUAAAGCUAACAAAGGGACACUUUCUGUUGAAAAUGGCCAGAAGAUUUUUGGGAGAUCGCCAAAUUGGUGAGAUGAGACUUGGGGGAAUGCAUUUAACAUUGAUUUUGACGCUGCCAGUUGGAAUUUAACUCAGGAAGCAUAAUUGUUUCAUUUGUAUAGGCUUAUUUUGUGGGGCUUGUCUUGCACCCCCUGUUCCUUUUCACAUCUUUACCCCAUUCGUGUCUCUUUUCUUGCUAAUAAAGCAUCCAAGAUCUGUUAAAUAUCCUUUCCUUUAAUCAUAGCCUGGGUUCCCAACAUUGUGCCCUCUUUCUCAAUAAUAGACAAUGGGCUAAUGGCUACGAGGCUUUAUAUUUUAAUAUUUUGUGCAGAAUGCCCACGAUCCCAGUAAAUACUUUAUCGCUUCCAUAUUCGCCCCACGAAAACAAUUUGCAAGGUUUCUACGAUGGUAGGUAGAGACACCGGAGCUUUGAGAAAUUAGAUCGCGCAUGAAAACAAAGGAUGAUAUAAUGAAGAUAAUGAAGAUGCCCAACUACAGCGGAAAUGCAUUAUUGUAUGCUUUUUGUAAAUUUGGUUUAGUGACAAGAGGAGCGAGCCAUGCGCAUGGGCCAUGAAGGAACUUCCUCUUCUGCUUGUUUUGUUGACCCUAGCAAAAUCGGUCGGGAGAAAACAUCUGAAAGAGAAAACGAAAAGCACUAGAGUAAGAAACGUGCUUGCUCUGGACAUUUAACGUGUGGACAAACCAUUAGGUCACCAUGACCACAGGUCACACCACCUUUAUUUAUUCCACAUUCAACAUAACCCUCCCGGAUUUUCUACUGCCUUCAAUAACUAAAUAAAAUCCACAACCUGUUACUGCCAACAUUCAGGACAGAUUGAUUUGAAGUUUAGAAGAAAAAUAUUUUUCAACUAUUGAACAGAUUUUAAUGUGUUU